UUUCAAGUGAAAAAAGGAAAUAACAUUAAAAUCUGUGACAAUCUCACGUGCUUUCUCCUUCUCUCUCUCUCUCCUCUGUAAUUGAAGUUUUGGAUUCCACAUCCACGCGCCUUUUCCCCUCUCUCUCUCAUUCACUUUCUAGAUUAAUCAAAUCUUUGUCUUUGAAAACCAGUUUGCAGUUUCACUUCUCCCUUUCUCCAGAUCCGUUCCCCAGGAAACUCUAUAAAAAAAUGGGGUUCAUCUCGAGGAAUGUUUUUCCAGCGUGCGAGACAAUGUGCGUUUGCUGCCCUGCUCUCAGGCCUAGAUCUAAACAUCCCGCCAAGCGUUACAAGAAACUGCUCGGCGAGAUCUUCCCUAAAUCCCCUGAUGGUGCACCAAAUGAGAGAAAGAUUGUUAAAUUGUGUGAGUAUGCUGCCAAAAACCCAAUCCGUAUCCCUAAGAUUGCUAAGAUUCUUGAGGAGAGGUGUUACAAGGAUCUUAGAUCUGAGCAAAUGAAGUUCAUCAAUAUCGUCACUGAGGCUUACAACAAAAUGCUUUGCCAUUGCAAAGAUCAAAUGGCUUAUUUCGCUACAAGUUUGCUGAAUGUGGUUACAGAACUACUUGAGAAUUCAAAGGAGGACACACCAACCAUUCUUGGAUGCCAAACAUUGACAAGGUUCAUUUACAGUCAGGUUGAUGGAACCUACACGCACAGCAUUGAGAAAUUCGCGCAUAAAGUUUGCUCAUUGGCUCGUGAACAAGGAGACGAGCAUCAGAAGCAGUGUCUGAGAGCAUCUGGCCUGCAAUGCCUUUCAGCCAUGGUGUGGUUUAUGGGAGAGUUCUCACACAUCUUUGCUGCUUUUGAUGAGAUUGUACACGCCAUUCUCGAUAACUACGAGGCCAACAUGAUCGUUCAGACCAAUGAAGACAGAGAAGAGCAGAACUGUAACUGGGUUAACGAAGUGAUCAGAUGUGAAGGACGAGGAGGAGGAGUCAGCGGUUGUAAUAGCCCUAGCUACAUGGUUGUCAGACCAAGAACUGCAAGAAAAGAUCCGACUCUGUUGACUAAAGAAGAGGCUGAGAUGCCUAAAGUGUGGGCACAGAUUUGUCUCCAGAGGAUGGUUGAUCUGGCUAAAGAAAGCACAACUCUGCGGCGAAUCCUGGAUCCCAUGUUCAGCUAUUUCAACUCUAGACGCCAAUGGACUCCUCCAAACGGUCUGGCCAUGAUAGUUCUCUCUGAUGCAACAUAUAUGAUGGAAACCUCGGGGAGUCAGCAGUUGGUGUUAUCAACUGUUGUACGUCAUCUUGACAACAAGCAUGUUGCCAAUGAUCCUGAACUCAAGGCAUACAUCAUUCAAGUUGCUGGUUGUCUAGCGAAGCUGAUCAGGACCAGCUCGUAUCUCAGGGACAUAAGUUUUGUUAAUGACUUGUGCCGGCAUCUGAGGAAAAGCUUUCAGGCAACAUCGAGGUCAGUUGAAGAAGAGGAGCUCAACUUGAACGUGAUGCUUCAAAACUCUAUUGAAGAUUGUCUGCGAGAGAUAGCCAAAGGAAUUGGAAAUGCACAGCCGUUGUUUGAUAUGAUGGCUGUUUUAGUCGAAGGGCUUCCUUCUUCAGGAGUUGUUUCACGUGCAGCUGUUGGAUCACUGUUGAUUCUCGCUCAUGCUAUGUCUUCAGCAUUGUCACCAUCUAUGCGUUCACAACAGGUUUUCCCAGACACACUUCUUGAUGCGCUACUUAAAGCAAUGCUGCAUCCAAAUGUGGAAACUCGUGUGGGAGCGCAUGAAAUAUUCUCUGUGAUUCUCUUGCCGAGUUCUGGUCAGACUCAGGCUGGACUUGCAUCAGUGAGAGCCUCUGGUUACCUUAACGAGUCCAAGAAUUUGAGAAGCGAUACAACCUCUGCGUUCACAUCCAUCGCUGCUAGAUUAGACAAGCUCAGAAAGGAGAAGGACGGCGUCAAGAUUGAGAAGAAUGGUUACAAUGAGGAUCUUAAGAACUACAAAUCUUCCCCAAACUUUCACAAGUUGAACUCCAUGAUUGAUAGGACUGCUGGAGGUGUCAGUCUAGCUGAUAUGUUACCAUCAAUGAUGAAGUUUACUGAAGAUCAAAUGGGACAGUUGUUGUCUGCAUUUUGGACACAAGCAACUCUUCCUGAUAAUUUACCUACAAGCAUUGAAGCUAUUGCUCAUUCUUUGAGUUUGGUGCUUCUCUCCUUGAGACUAAAGAAUCCUGAUGAUGGACUUGUUGUCCGUGCCUUCCAGCUUCUCUUCUCACUGAGGAAUCUUUCUUUGGACCUUAACAACGGCACAUUACCAACGGUUUGCAAGCGGUUGAUCCUUGCUUUAUCCACAAGCACGCUGAUGUUCGCUGCUAAAAUAUAUCAGAUUCCUCAUAUUUGCAAAAUCUUGAAGAGUCAACUUCCUGGUGAUGUGGAUCCGUAUCUGUUCAUUGGAGAUGACUUGCAACUCCACGUUAAACCACAGGCGAAUAUGAAAGAUUUUGGGUCAUCAAGUGAUAGCCAGAUGGCUACUUCAAUGCUGUUUGAGAUGAGAAGCAAAGUAGAACUGUCCAACACUAUCAUAACCGAUGUUGUGGCAAAGAAUCUAUCUAAGGUUUCAAAGCUCCAAGAAGCUGAUGUACAGAUGCAACUCUCUGAGCCAUUCACACCUGAUGAUGCUUUUAUGUUUGGAUCACGGCCUAUCGUUGAGUCUGGACCAAACCAAAGUAUCUCUAAGGAAUCACUGUCCUUUGAUGAGGACGUACAUGCAGGUUCAAUGGUUGAGGACGAAGUGACGAGUGAACUCUCUGUACGUUUUCAACCAAGAGGGUCUCCUUCAUCAUCUACUCCUCAAGUUAUCAGCAUUGGUCAGCUUAUGGAAUCUGCCCUUGAGGUGGCUGGUCAAGUAGUUGUGUCAUCUGUCUCCACUUCUCCACUUCCUUACGACACAAUGACAAACCGCUGCGAAACCUUUGGGACUGGGACACGACAGAAGCUCUCAAGGUGGUUGGCUACUGAGAAUCGCCAGGUGAAUGGUCUCUACAGAAACUCUUCAGAGGAGUCAUCUGCACUUGAAAAGGUAACUGAAGAUGGGAGCAUAUAUGGGAGAGAAUGUGGUGUGUUUCAGGAUACGUGGUCCAUGAUGAGUCUGCCACCAGCUAGUCCCUUUGACAAUUUCCUCAAAGCAGCAGGAGCCGGAAGAUGAUUCAGUUAACUCAAAUGAUUAUCAAGUCUCAUGUAGAAAACGUAGUACGGUGUGUGUAGUGUGUAAUAUUAUCCUUUUUACUUGGGUUUGUACUCUGUAGUCAGCUAACUAUCUAGGCUAAGGCACGAUGCUUCAGACACAGCUUGUAAUGAUUUAGAUUCAGUUGUUGAAACUAUUUGCUUUCUUAUGUCAAAAGACCUGUUCAAUUCGAAA